ACCUUUAUAAAAGCACCUCAAAACUUCUGCGUAACAUCAACACAUACUGAUAGCGUGACAGAGAGCAACAACUUCAUAUUCAUUUCUAUACAUACACGUGUCUGUAUGUAUACACAUUAACGAUUUUAUUUUUGUUUGAAUUUUUUCAAAGGUGUUCAUCAAUGGUGGCUUCAAGGAGUUAUUUCGGUACCGCUAACCACCGGUUCCUAUCAACCUAUCCAGACGCUGAGGUGACUACUGACUCGAUUUUCGAGUUCGAUGAAUCGGACAUGUGGAACUCACCAGCAGUUUCUCAGUCACCACCAGAGUUCCGUGAGAUGUAUUCGAGUUCGAGGAAGCAGCAGUGUGAAACGAAGAGCUGUCGAAGCAGUCCGGUGAACGUGCCUGAUUGGUCGAAGAUACUGAAGGAUGAAUAUAAAGAGUAUGGAAGGAGAGAUCAUAGCGAUGAGGAGAAGGGUGAUGAUGUGGAAAACCGGAUUAUUCCGCCUCACGAGUUUUUGGCGAAGCAGUUAGAGAGGACACGUAUUGCAUCGUUUUCCGUGCAUGAAGGAGUUGGGCGAACUCUUAAAGGGAGAGAUCUGAGUAGAGUUAGGAAUGCUAUAUGGGAGAAAACUGGAUUCCAGGAUUGAUCUGACACUGAGAAAUUAAUUGCUGUUUAUUUUUUCUUGAAAUUUUACAUAUAUGUUGGUCUUUUUUUGUUCACUUGGAGACGAUUUACACAUCUUCAAGUCCAUCACUGCAUUGUGAUUGUAACGGUUUUUUGAAAUUUUGAGAGGAAAUCAAGACAAAAAAUUGAUUCUUUUUUUUAUCGCUGGUAGUAAUACUGGUUUAGAUC